ACCGUUUACACUUAGAAUAUUGUAAGAGUUAUUGAAGACUAGUCCAUUUAGGACGUGGCAAGCAUCAUGGUUUCUUUAACCUUCAACGCUCUAACGUUUUCUUGUAUCAUAUCGUUAGUUUACUCUCAAUCUCCACACGUAACUACUACAUUGGGAAAAGUUGCAGGAAAGACAAUUCUUUUCUCAGAAGAUUCGUACAUAGGUGUCAAUAAGUAUAUCGAUGUCUACAAGGGUAUUCCAUACGCCGAGCCCCCAGUCGGUAAUUUGCGCUUUGAGAAUCCGCGCCCAAAAGAGCCUUGGAUGGGAACCCUGAACGCGACGGAAUAUAGUCCAAUGUGCAUCCAGUCCAGUGGCGGUGAAGAUGAUUGCUUGUACUUAAACAUCUUUGUACCCCAAUCUAAGCCACAUAACGCAUCUGUCAUGUUCUUCAUUCAUGGAGGGUCCUUCCUGACAGGCACUGCCUCAACAGACGUGUACUCUGGGGUGGUAUUAGCUGCCAUCGGCGACGUCAUUGUGGUAACCAUCAAUUACAGGCUCAACAUUUAUGGUUUUCUAACAACAGGAGACGAUGAAUAUCCCGGCAACGUUGGACUACUCGACCAGCUUGAGGCUUUGAAAUGGGUGAACCAAAACAUUGGAGCAUUUGGAGGUGAUCCAUCACGUGUGACGAUCUUCGGUGAAAGUGCUGGAUCGGCCAUGGUAGAUUAUCAUCUCCUCUCAAAGCAAAGUUGGGAUUAUUUUAGCCAAGCGAUUUUAGAGAGUGGAACUGCUCUUUGUGAUUGGGCUUAUACAGAACGGGAAGAAUCCAAAAAUUUAGCAAUCACCAUUGGUGAGAAAGUAGGCUGUGAAUUUACGGAUAGCAAUGCAUUUGUAGAAUGCAUGAAAGGUGUCGAUCCUGGAGCUGUUGUAGAUGCUUCUGUUGGGAUAACUAUUUAUCCGGGGCCCGUAGUAGACGGAAUAUUUAUUGAAAGAAGUCCAGAGAUUCUGAUACAAAAUGAAGAGUUUAAAACUGAUACAAACAUCAUCAUUGGAACAAAUAAGGAUGAAGGAACAUCUUUCUACUUUAACCUACCAGACUACCUAUCACCAGAUACUCCUAAAGUUUCCAAAUCCGAGUUCCUUUAUCUUAUUCCAGUGAUUUUUGUUCCAAUUGAAGAAGCAUCAAAUCCUCUUAUUUUGGACUCUAUAUAUUUCGAAUACACCGACUGGUCUCAAGCAGACGACCCUGAAGCUAACUUUUUCGAUUCAAGUGUUCGAUUGGCCACAGAUUUUCAGUUUGUCUGUCCAAGUGACGCAGUACAGCGCGCGCAUGCCUCAGUUGGUAACAAAGUGUAUGCUUAUGUGAUGUCUCAUACUCCGGAAGUUUCGAUAUUUGGUCUCGAUUUUGACUGGCUUGGAGCUAGUCAUGCCGAAGAACUUUCAUUUGUGUUCGGGUUGCCUUUUCUUAAUGGAACACCUAUCUACUCUUUAGAACAGCCGUCUGACAUUGACCGCAAUUUGUCGGUGGAGUUUAUGAGAUACUGGACCAACUUUGCAAACACAGGAGAUCCAAACACCAGAGGGCGCGAGGCAUCAACCCCUUCCUUCGAUAGGGAUCUUACCUUCUGGCCAGAGUUUACUAUUCCUGAACUUAACUACCUCGAUAUUAAUCCGAUGUCGUCAUCUGAACGAGCUUAUCGAGCCGACAAGUGUGCCUUCUGGAGCACGUAUGAACCAAAACUCAAACAAUUUGCAGCUGACAUGUCCGAAACAGAAGAAUUAUGGAGGAACGAUUACUACAGCUGGAAGUUUAAUGACCUACCUGAAUGGCAGAAGGCUUUCAAUGAUUACAAAGCAAACAAAGUCUGCACCUAAAGGAUACAAAAACUUUAAAUAAUAUGUAGGUCUGUGCCUAAAUUUGAGAAUAUAUUUAAAGGAAGACUGCGAAUCAAAAUACUUACAUACAAAUACUAUAGUUAUUAAUACAAAUUGUUGUAAUAUUAACGUACUAACAACACCACAUGUAUCGUACGGUGGAUUUUUAUUUGGUAAUAGAGACUAGACUUAAUAGGAAUGUGUUAAUAUAUCACAUCGAGUAAGCAAUAGGCCUAUUAGUGUUUUAUAAACAGUGGUUCAACAUUUAGUGAUUUUACAUUAUUAUAACUAUUAUUAUUAUUAUUAUUAUUAUUAUUAUUAUUAUUAUUUAUUAAUAUCGUUAAAGCUUAUCAUCCUUUAAAAGGGCAAUAACCUAUCAAUUAUGAUUUUGGGAAUAAAAAAUGUUCACCAUUGACUAACAUAAAGUAUGAACCAACGUACACGUUGUUAAACCUGUUUAUAUUUUAUUGAUGUUUCACGGUACCGUAUGUAAUAAUAACUCACCUUUGAGUAAUUGUGUCGUAAUUACUUUCCAAAAAGAGAAGUAAAAGUGAAUGUGAACAUACAAUUAAACUAUGAACGUACAAUUUCCUAUGUAAAGCAGUGGUUAAUAAUAUGAUUUUUAGUCAAUCAUGAA